AUGAAAUCAGCUAAUACUAAUGCGUUAUACUCAAACGAAAAUGUCACCAAGAGUGUCAUUGAUUACGCAACUACCCACUCGGAGGCGCUGCCUAAGCACAUCACGGAUUAUCACGCCUAUAUUGUUGCGAACCAUCCUCGUAUGGAGUACAUGAUCUCCAACCUUCAGGGACAGUUCCAAACAUUCUUCACCCGCACCAUUGGCGCAAAGCGCGUGCUUGAGAUUGGCGCCUUUGUCGGCUACUCCGCGAUGGUGUGGGCAAACGCCGUGGGAAAAGAAGGCAAAGUCACGACGCUCGAAUUCGAGGCCCAGUAUGCAGAUGCGGCGAGAAAGGCCUUCAAAGAUAACGGCAUCGAGAAUGUAGAGGUGAUUCAAGGCGAUGCCCUUGAGACCCUGGCCCAGCUCAACCCCGACGAGCCCUAUGAUCUCAUCUUUAUAGAUGCCCAAAAGACGGGCUAUCCAGCGUAUCUGCGCACUAUUCUCGAAAAGUCGCAACCCGGAGCGACUUCUCCGCGCCUCCUGCGAAAGGGAGGCGUCAUCCUCGCUGACAACAUCCUGCGACGCGGUCUUGUUGCCAAUGACAGUGAUGAGAAUCCUUGGGCUGCAGGCGCCAAGGUUCGUGAGCGGAGCGAAUAUGAGAAAGACAAUGAUCUUGAGGCACUUCGCGAAUUUAACGAACUCACAAUUCACAGUGAGAGGCUGGAUGCGUUCUUGAUGCCCCUGUUUGACGGGAUUGGUAUGUCGGCACUGCGAGACUGA